AUGUUCAGCAGGCCGGUGGAUCCGUUGUGGACAGAAAGACAAAAGAAGCUUGACUUGGGCCGCAAAGGAUCUGACGUCGGAACUUUGCAAAGUCCGGGGCUACGAGUACGUUAUAAUGGGCAAGGAUUGGAAAAAGAUCUGAUCAAGUCAGGGGAGAUGGAUGCAGCUGAGGGUGGGGCGUGGUGUUGCUGUUUAAGAGGUGGACUAUUUUUUCCAAGGGAGUAUUGGUUUAUAUUUCUUGGUCGUACACCGAGACCGGUGGUGACUAACAACAUGAAAUGCAAUAACCGAUGGGGAACGGAGCUCGAUCGCUAA